UGUUUCUCCCAGGGACAGACUUGGUCCCCGUCUAUCGAUGACGAAGGCUCGACGAGAGACGAGUUCUAUGACGAUGAGGACCUCUACUCGGGCUCCGGCUCUGGCUUUCCUGGGAUCGGUGUGAGGCCGACAUCGGCGGGUGUGUCCUUCACCACAGAAGAGCCCCUCCUCCUCUCCACCACGCAGGCCACUGGCCCCGCCCCCUCCGCCUCACCUGCAGCCGAGCCGAGCCCCAAACCGGAGGAAUCCACCGCCACCCCGCUGCCCACCGAGGCCGAUGGAGAGAGUGGUGUAUUCUGGGAAAGAGAGAGGGAGCUGGAGAAGGAGAGCGAGAGGGAGGGAGAGAAGGAGCAAGAGAAGGAGAGAGAGCGUGAGCGAGAGAAGGAACGUGAGAGAGAGCGAGAGAAAGAGAGAGAGAGGCAGAAAGAGCGUGAGCUUGAACGAGAGAAAGAGCUGGAGCGCAUCAGGGCCGCCGCCGCCCAGACCACCGUCGCCCCACGAUCCCCCGCAGCCAUCCCAGUGGUGACCACCAACCUGGCAACCAGCCCUGCAGAAAGUGCGGCGCCCUCUGCCAGUUCGGACGACCUGAGCACCACAGAAGAAGAAGAGGACAUCUACCUGUCACCUGAACCCUCAGCCUUUUUCCCAGGCUUUGACAUGGAAACCACCACAGAGGAAGACAUGUCCACUACAGCAGAGAUCACCCCCGGGCCCACGACAGCCGCACCUAGCACCACCGCCGCCGCCACCACUGACAAGACCAGGUUCCCCUUCAGGCCCAGGGUUCCCAUGACCACAGCCACUCAGGCGGUGCCAACAGAGAGAACGAGCCGUCCACAGCAGCCUUCAACUACACAGGAGGGAAACAACGAGGCGGGUGCUGCGGGGCCGAGUGGAGACUUCGAGAUCCGCGAUGAUCGCCGCAAUGAUCUCGGUCGAGGUAUAAUGCCGGUGGAUCCCGAUCUGAUCGGCAACACGGUGGACGCAGGAAGCUCUGCCGCCCAGCUGCCACAGAAGAACAUCCUGGAGAGAAAAGAGGUCUUGAUAGCGGUGAUAGUAGGAGGAGUAGUGGGCGCCUUGUUUGCGGCCUUCCUAGUGAUGCUGCUGGUGUACAGGAUGAAGAAGAAGGACGAGGGAAGCUACACACUGGAGGAACCCAAACAGGCCACCGUCACCUACCAGAAACCGGACAAGCAGGAGGAGUUUUACGCAUAACACUCAGAGAGACUGCCAGAGAGACGAGGGAGAGAGAAAGAGCGAGAGAGAGAAGAGAGAAAGAUACUCUAAGCCCCCGUACUCCUCGCCCUCCUCCUCCUCCUGUUCUUCGUCGCCUCCCCCCUUGUCUGCUCGCCUCUCCUCAUCCCUCUCUCCUCUCGUCUCCAAAACACUCGAGAGCGCCUCUCUCUCUGCGGACUUGGAACUUUCUUUUCAAUGAAAACGAAAAAGAGGAAAAAAAAAAAAUAUCAAAAUAUAUUCUGAAAAAAUAACACAUACACAUGAGAUGUUUUUAAAGUAAAUGUUGUUAUUACUAUUCUACAGAUUCUCUUGUUGUGUAUGUAAUGAUAUGAUUAUUUUGUAAGAAAAACAAAACAAAACACAAGCUCUUAAUCUGUGUUUUCCAGCACAAAGUUCCUCCUCUGUUUUUUUUAUUCAGCGAUUGAAAAAGGCUAAAGCGAAAAGGGAGAGGAGAGGGGCGAGGCGAGCAGAGCGAGACACAAAAGAAAAAGAGAGCGAUGGGCCUCGACUCUGCCCCUCACCCCCCAAAAACACACAGAGCGUCUGGUUGGCCGCACAGAGCCCAGGGUCAAAGGUGAGAGGAAAGGUCUCUUUUGUGCCUCCCAUCCCUAUGGUGCUCAAAGACGCAUACGCACAUCCAUACAGCCACAUAAACACACGCUUACAUGCACAUGCAUACACACACACUUGUAUCUGCUUGAAGGUGGCUCGGACCUUUCUCUCUGUGCUCGGCCAACCAGAAAACAGUGCUCGACCCUCGGUGUGUUUCACAACGUCGAGGAGCCGCUGUGAAAACAUUGGCUGGUUAGAGGUUUGCUUACGCGGCCAAUCUGCUCCUCUAAGCUGUACAAAGACUAGUUACGGAUAGUAAUAACAACCAAUAAUAUAUCAAUGUUUUGGGCUGGAUGGUGAAUAAUAAUAAUGAUACCGUAAUAAUAAUAAUAAUGAUUAUAAUACUUAAACAGGAGGAUGUGUAUUUAGCAGUUUAAAAAAAGUUUAUAUGUAAAUAUCAGCAUAUCCUUUCUGGCAUCACUAAUCAUCUGCAUGAUCAUGAAGAGUUUUUAUUCAUCACAUCCGUCAUCACUUUAGAUGAGCUGUGCUCUCGUCAGCCACACGCACACACACACAUACACACACACACAAGUGCAGAUAUAUAACUUGCUGUGCAUUUAGAUCCACCACACAGACUUUAAGUAUACCAUUAAUCAUAUCAUUCAAACACAUAUCAAACCCAUCCUCAUCAUCAUCGUCAUUGUGAUAGUCAUCACUUGUGAUACGAGCGAGAUCAGGUGGUUUCAAUAUGUUAUUGAUUAGUUAUUGAUCAGUUGCCGGUUGUUUUAGAGUUUGGUCUGUUUGUGUAAAAGCACAACGACGUGUCCAGUCAUCACGUCAUCCGAUUAACCCCCCCCCCCCACCCCUACACGCACCUUUGGCAUGCCUCACUUUCUUUUUCUUCCACCAUUGGCUCUCUGUUUGGGGAUGGGAGGGGCCUCUGGGAAGUAAGGGGGGCUUUAAUGAAAAACCAGGAAGUGCAAAUCCAUCACAGGAAGUUGCUCCCAGAUGUGCUAAUUCAGUCAAAAAUCUUUGAUGAAGUCUUUUGUCAGUAAAGCUUUGGUUAUGAGAAAAAACAGACUUUGAAUUAGUGUUCAUGGGGUCAACUUUAACCUGCUGUUGGGCUCUUUUUGGGGAGGGGACAAUGGAGGACAGGGGUUUGGUUUGGGAUGGGGAAUGUCAGAAGGAAGGCUGUGCUUCUAUCUAAGAGAUUGUAACAAUAACCACACCAGUGCGACUGGGCUAGUAGCUUCUAUUAUACUCAGUACUGUAGAACAAAAAUGCAUGGGAGUCAAAACUAUACGAGUCUGGGUGUGUGUGGAUGCCUGUGUGUGUGUGUGUGUGUGUGUGUUUUUGUGCGUUUGAAAGAAAAGAGGGGUGAGUUAAAGUUGGAAUGUACUGUGGUCGAGUGUGUGUUUACCUACUCCAGCAGUUCUCACGCUCUUCCACAGACAGGUAACACACCUCCUCCACUCAUGUGUGUGUAUGUCGCCUGCCCCCUCGCCAGUGUGAGAAUAUAUGUAUGUGUGUGUCUACACCUCAUCUUAAUACGCCAUGUGUGUGUAUGCCUGAGUGCUUCACCUUGGUAUUUCACAGCAGACUCUUGUGUACACUGACUGGCCUGUCGACGUGCUUGUGAGUGUGUCUGCGAGUGUUUCGUCUGUUCACUGCUGAAUGAGGGGCAGCUGGUCCCUCACAGUGGCUUUCACACACACUGACUGUGUCUUUUCACUGUCCGACUGUCUGCCUGUCUGUCUCUCUGCCGCAGUACAGACGGGCAGACAACAUGCCACUUUCUCACAGGCAGGAAUGAUCUUAACACGUACUGUCUUUUUUAAAGUGACUGUCAAAGUGUAAACAUGUGUUUGUACCCAUCUAAGCCUGCGUAGCCAAAUAAGACGUGUGUGUGUGUGUGAGAGAGAGAGGGUGAAUUUGUACGUGUGUGUGUGUGUGUGUGUGUGUGUGUGAAGCCCAACGGAGGCUACACUACUCUAUGUUUGCUGUUCCCAUUCCUGUUUUUAUACAUUUGCAUUUUUUUAAGGCUGAGUUUCUGUCAUUGGCUGAGUGAGCGAGAGGAGGCGGAUCCUCCACGCCACCGCCCUGUCACUAAUCUGCCACUCUGUUCCAAAUAAAAAACCUGGUUGGGUAAAUCUC